GGUAAGCCCUUGAAGGGGCAUACCGAUUGGGUUCGCUCGGUCUCGUUCUCACCAGAUGGUACUCGCAUCGCAUCUGGUUCGGACGAUAAAACUGUCCGUCUGUGGAGCGCAGUGAAACUGCAACCUUCCCCCGAGUCCAGAAAGCUAGAUGUCCCCGCAUUUUCGCUGCAUCAAUACACCACACCUUCCGCCCAGGAAAACCCUAUCAUGUUAUCCAACACUUGUGACGAUCAUCUCAUCCGCUUCUCGUCCAGCCUGGAACACGCACUGCCCAAUCCCGCUGAAUUGCUCGAGCCCACCUCUCAUCAUAAUUCUCAUUCGACGCCUUUCUUACUGCAGGUCGAUGGAUGGAUGAUGGGCCCCAAUUGUCAACUCCUUUUCUGGGUACCUCCCGCUUCCCGACAUGCAUUUUAUACUCCUUGGAACUCGUUGGUGAUCCCAAGAGGUGGUGUCGAGCUUGAUUUGAGCCGCAUGGCACACGGGACAAACUGGUCGAGUUGCCGAGAUGCCUCCCGCGGCUAACGGUGAUUUUAUUGCUGUAAUAUCAAGUGUGCCAUUUUAUUUCUUGAUUCCUUUUCAAUUAUCCUAUUACCUAGCUCGAAUUUAUGAUUGUCUCGCUGAAUGAUGUGCUAAAAAGUAGACACUAAACCUAAACUCCAAUGUUGUUGCUGAUUCGUCAGAGCACGUACCGAAACCUAUGUAAUUGAAGUCAUUAUUCAUAUACAAUGUACCAAAUCUCUAACCGAAAAGUUCCUUACUCAUAAAAUACAUUUGGAAUCUGACAAUGGUUCGGUUACGGUUUCAAGUUGAACGGGGUCGCAAUAUUGUCCAC